GGGUAACUGAAGAGCUUAAAUCAUUGAACAACAGGAAGAGAAGAAUUUUUGUCUGGGGACCCUCUGGAGAAGGCUGAGAAGAAUGAAAUUUGGAAACCCAAAAUGAAGUAUAGGAAGAAUAGUGCAAUAUAGUAUAGCAGUUCUGAUCCUAGAUAAGAUAGAUAAGCAAGUAAUUAAAUCAAUGGUAUCCAUCAAUGAAAAUACAGACCCCGACGGAUUAAUCACCUACGCAAGUACCGACCCACGAUCUUCGUUCAAUUAAGAAGGUGCUUCCAGCCUUAGAGCCUCAGUUUACGUAUGUACAACGCCAUGUCUCCUAUUCCGUGUUCUGAGUGCAAUAUGUUUAGCUAUUCUUCUCCAGUCAUUAGCGGUAUUUAUACAUGUGAGAAGUGUCAGUUAGUCGCUAGGCUGACGGAGAAGAUUGUAGUGUUAGAGGGACGUAUCCGGAUGUUACAUAACAUUCAGGAGAAUGACAGUUUUAUUGGUUCCGGAUAUGUCCGCGAUAGCCAGUAAGUCUCCCCCUGCUCCGGCAGCAGAGCCUUCGCAGCAAGGCGAGUGGGUGACGACCCGGCGGCAUAGUCGUAAAUCCAAACCAAACUUACACUGGCACCAUUCGCCUAUCCGCGUUUCCAACAGGUUCUCCCCACUCAGUGAAACUCCCACUGAGAUGCCUGUUGAAAGUGCUCUAAUAAUUGGUGAUUCUAUUCUAAGAAAUGUGAGAGUAGCGACUCCAGCGACCAUUGUAAAUUGUCUCCCAGGUGCCAGAGCGACCGACAUCUCGGCAAAUUUAAAAGUGCUGGCUAAAAGUAAACGUAAAUACUCUCAGAUAGUUAUCCACGUCGGCACUAAUGAUGUCUGAUUGAGGCAAUCGGAGAUCACUAAGGCAAAUUUUAAAGAGGUGUGCAACAUUGCGAAGAAGAUGUGUGUGUCAGUAACGUGCUCUGGCCCCAUCCCUGCUAGACGUGGCGAUGAAAUGUACAGCAGAUUAUCGUCGCUACAUCGCUGGCUGUCGGAAUGGUGCCCGAUAAAUGGUGUAGGUUAUAUAGACAACUGGCGGAUGUUCUGGGGUAGGCCUGGGCUUUUGAAGAGGGACAGUAUUCACCCCUCGCGGGCUGGUGCCGACCUCCUGUCUAAAAGCAUAGCUCGUAGUCUACAGGCAAAUCGCUGACUAACUAGAGCCAAGUCCAGGCGGCAGGCAAACCGGCAUAACCGACCGCCUGCUAGUCGCUUAGAGUUGUCGCCUAGGGUUCAUUUCAUUGAGACUGUGUCUGCUCCCCGCGUCUUUAAUCAUGGAGGACUAUUCCACCGUGGAGUGUGCCAUAAUAACUUAAUUAAAAUCACAAUGAAUCCGUUACUAGAAAACAGUUGUGAUGCAAUAUUUAAACUUAAACUUGGACUUCUGAAUAUAAGAUCACUGGCUCCUAAAGCACUAUUAAUAAAUGAAAUAAUUACUGAUUUUAGUCUUGGUGCCCUGUGCCUUACUGAGACCUGGCUUAAACCGGAUGAAUUCAUGGCACUAAAUGAAUCUACUCCAGCGGAAUACAGUUAUAAGCAUAACCCUCGACCAAAUCGCAAAGGUGGUGGUGUUGCUGCAAUUUUUCAGUCCAACUUGGGAGUGUCUGAGAAAUGUGGUGUGAGUUUCAGCACAUUUGAAACUCUUGUUCUUAGCCUUGCUGGCUCAUCUCUUUCUAGUUCGUCACCCCAAAUCACCAUGGUUAUUGUGUAUAGACUGCACCGGCCGUACAGUGAUUUUCUUAAGGAAUUUGCUGAUUUUUUAACAAACCUGGUGGUCAGUACUGACAAAGCCGUUAUUGUGGGUGAUUUUAACAUUCAUAUGGAGAAGGAUAAUGAUCCUUUAAAAAUAGCGUUUGCAGCUAUUCUUGACUCUGUAGGUGUUUGUCAGAAUGUAGUCGGGCCUACUCAUGUCUGUAACCAUACCCUUGAUUUGAUCAUUAGUCAUGGCAUCCUGGUAGAACAUGUGUCUAUUAUGCCACAGAGUCCUCUGCUCUCAGAUCAUUACUUGUUAACAUUUGAAAUCCAGUAUAGCCUCCUGUUGACCACCACUCCAAAGUAUAGAAUCAGACGUUCUAUUAAGGCACUAACUACAACAACAUUUAUGAAACAACUUCCACAGUCCUUCAGCCUUACAUCUGAAGCAUCGUGUGUAAAUGAACUUGAACAGGCAACUUCAAACAUGGAAAAAUCCCUUCGCAGCACACUAGAUCUUGUGGCUCCACUUAGGAGGAUAAAGCAUAGCAAUAACAAACCUGCCCCCUGGUACUCUGAUAAUACAAGUGAACUCAAACAGCCAUCACGCAAGCUAGAGCGAAAAUGGCACUCAACUAAACUGGAAGUUUUCAAAUCUGCCUGGAAAGAGAGCCUCUCUAAAUACAGACAAGCACUAGUAACUGCUCGUCUGUGUAUCUCUCCAGAUUAA